CCCGCUUGGUCGCUCUCCCAGGGUCCUCGGACGUAGGGCGCGAUGGCAGCCCCCUCCGAGGCGCCGGUCACGCGGCAGGUCAGCGGGCACGCCGCCCCAGCCCCAGUCCCAAGCGGCCCCGAGAGCUGGCAGCCCCUGGCCGCCGCCGUGGCCGAGCUGCCCGUGCUGGACGCCUCCGGGAGGCCUGUGCCGUUUGGUGAGCUGUUCCGAGAGCGCCGGGCUAUCGUGGUCUUCGUGCGGCAUUUCCUGUGUUACAUCUGCAAGGAAUACGUAGAAGAUCUGGCCAAAAUCCCCAAGAGUUUCUUACAAGAAGCAAAUGUCACUCUCAUAGUGAUUGGACAGUCAUCCUACCAUCAUAUUGAGCCUUUCUGUAAACUAACUGGGUAUUCUCAUGAAAUCUAUGUUGAUCCGGAGAGAGAAAUUUAUAAAAGAUUGGGAAUGAAAAGAGGUGAAGAAAUUGCCUCCUCAGGACAGAGCCCCCAUGUAAAAUCAAAUAUACUCUCGGGAAGCAUUCGGAGCCUGUGGAGAGCAGUGACUGGCCCUCUUUUUGAUUUUCAAGGAGAUCCAGCUCAGCAAGGUGGAACACUCAUUUUAGGUCCAGGUAACAACAUCCAUUUUAUACACCAUGAUAGGAAUAGGUUGGAUCAUAAACCCAUCAACUCUGUUUUACAGCUUGUAGGAGUUCAGCAUGUGGACUUUACAAGCAGACCUUCGGUUAUCCAUGUGUGACAUUACAGAGUCUCUCAAUUUCAAAUGGACCUUGGGACAUGACCUGAAAUAUGGGAAUGUCAUAUCCUCGUGCAAUGCCUAUCUUGUUGACCCUCCCUAGCCUCUGAGGAGUUGAAGUGAAGUGAAGUUACUCAGUCGUGUCUGACUCUUUGAGACCCCUUGGACUAUAGCCCACCAGGCUCCUCCAUUUGUGGGAUUUUCCUGGCAAGAAUACUGGAGUGGGUUGCCAUUUCCUUCUCCAGGAGAUCUUCCCGACCCAGGGAUUGAACCCGGGUCUCCUGCAUUGUAGGCAGAUGCUUUACCAUCUGAGCCACCAGGGAAGUCUCAUGGAACCAUAAAGAGGCUUUGUACCACAGGUUGAAUAGCAUGCUAAAAGACGUUGGUUGUCAAAAAUGUGAUAUCUGUAAUUGUAUAGCUUUUAAGGUUUUAUUUUAUAUAACAAUUUUUGUAAAAACAAACAAAAAUAAAACUAAAUUUUACUUACACAAAGUAAAACUUUAAAAGCUAUAAAAUUAUAAAUACCAUUCUUUAUUUUACCUUAUGCUAUAUCCAUUCAAUGAAGAUAUUUUUGGCCAUUAAAAUCAUACAUUUUUAUAAAGAACAUAUAAGGAGAAAGAGAAGCAACCAAGAACAUUUGAUCCAUUGAGAAAAUCAGGAACUCAAACUCUGUAGACAGCAUAAUCAUAUUUUUAUAGGCAUACGUUUAUAUUUUUGUUUGUUUAAAAAGAAAGACAGGAAAUAAACACACCGGAGUAUCACCAGUAGGUAUCACUAGGUGGUAGGAUUACAGGGUUUUUUCCCUGUCCUUUUUUAUAUUUCCCAACUUUUCUGUUAUGAACAUGAUUCAUUUUUUGGCAAAGAAAAUGUCUUUAAAAAUUAUAUGAAGAAUAUGUUCCCACAUAGCAAGCUCCACAAAGGUGCAGUUAUACGGGCUGCAGGCCAUAAGUUUCUAAUUCUUUGCUCAGAGGAAACACAACAGACCAAACCUACGUAUAGCCUAUAUUCACAGGCUUUGACCACACACCCAGUAUCUAUUUCACUAGGAUUUUGUUUAGGGGGACAGGGGCUACUAGUAAAAGGAGAAAAAAUAUGUUUGCAAUAUUUGAUACGUGUUUAAGAUAUAAUCAGUAUGCUUUUUGAAAGGAAAUUUUAAGAAUUGUUUAAACUGAAAAAUUAAGAAAUUGUGUAAUUUAAAUGUACACUAUGAUAUGGUUGUAUAUUCUCAAACAGCUUCUAUUUCCCACCCCCAAGUUGCUUUUAUUUAAUGAAAAAUUGUCAUCUUUUAUUUUUCUAGAGUCUUUAUUUCUUUAGUGGGAAGUGUCCUAGGAAUUCUGAUGAAAAGUACAGCAAGAUUAAAAUAUUGGUAAUUAUUAGCAAGUAUAAUACUGCUUUGAACUUAAAAUACUUUUGUAACAAGCAUAUAAAGGUCAUACACAAAAUAUACUUUAAAUUGUCCAAAAAUCUGAUUAUAUUUUCAUGUGUAUAUAGACAGAAAUCAUGUUCUUAAUCAAUGGAAAUGGGAUAGCUCAUAAAAAUUAAAAUUAAUGUGUUUUGUGCUAUUUUAUUAAGUAAGGAAACAUUGGUGGCCCACAUCCCUUUACUGACUUUAGACUUAAAACUGCUGAAUCAUAGCUGACACAAAAUUUAUAUAUUUACAUUUAUAUUGUAUUAUAAAAAUGUAUAUAUAAAAAUGCCAUAUUUCUUAAAGAUACGUAAAUGCUUCAGGGAGGAACAGUUACAUAAAUACAGUGCAAGAGUAAAUUGCCUACCCAAACAAACACAGUGUGAGAGAAGCUGAUGUUGAAUAACAGUUUUUUUAAAAAGCAAGCAUGGCAGUUUAUACUUUAUUGUUAUUGCCCAUCAUUAAGCAAACAUUAGAAAUGUUUGAAGUCUUGAAGAACUGGUCUGUAAGUCAACCUCUGCUGUCCUUACAACAGUGAUUUUUUUUUUUUUUUUUAGUUUUGCGGGUAAUAUGUAUUUAAUAUUGAUGAACAAUUUCACAAUUCCUUCCUCCCUGCCUCUCUCCCUUUUUAUCUUUCUUUUUUCUUCUUUCCUUUCCUCUUUCAUUACCUGCCUUUCCUUCCUUCCAUCCCUCCUUCCUUCCUUUCUCCCUUCUAGCCAUCUUUUAUUCAGUCUAUUUUUUUUUUUUUUUUUGGGUUUUGUCAUACAUUGAUAUGAAUCAGCCAUAGAUUUACACGUAUUCCCCAUCCCGAUCCCCCCUCCCUCUCCACCCGAUUCCUCUGGGUCUUCCCAGUGCACCAGGCCCGAGCACUUGUCUCAUGCAUCCCACCUGGGCUGGUGAUCUGUUUCCCCAUAGAUAGUAUACAUGCUGUUCUUUUGAAACAUCCCACCCUCACCUUCUCCCACAGAGUUCAAAAGUCUGUUCUGUAUUUCUGUGUCUCUUUUUCUGUUUUGUAUAUAGGGUUAUCGUUACCAUCUUUCUAAAUUCCAUAUAUAUGUGUUAGUAUGCUGUAAUGUUCUUUAUCUUUCUGGCUUACUUCACUCUGUAUAAUGGGCUCCAGUUUCAUCCAUCUCAUUAGGACUGAUUCAAAUGAAUUCUUUUUAACGGCUGAGUAAUAUUCCAUGGUGUAUAUAUACCACAGCUUCCUUAUCCAUUCAUCUGCUGAUGGGCAUCUAGGUUGCUUCCAUGUCCUGGCUAUUAUAAACCAGAUCUGAAAGAGACACGUGCACCCCAAUGUUCAUCACAGCACAACAGUGAUUUUUUUUGUUUAAAUGGGUCCAGUAUGUUUUGAUUUCUUCUAUUUAGAAAGUUGGAAAUCUUUAAUGAAUUUAUUCAACGAAUGAUGUGGCAAAAAAAAAAAAAAGAUUAUCAUGUUUGAAGCUUUUAGCAAGUCUGUGAUUGAAAACUAACCUUACAUUGAAAUUGUAAGACAUUGAAGACAUUGAAAUUGGCCCCUAAGAAGAAAACAAAAUAAAUAAUGAAAGCUCAAA